CCCUUCCUCCUCCCUGUCAUGACCUGUCAUAACAUUCCUACAGUUUCAUCAUAGACACGCUCUAAAACAGUUUAAAAUUUGUUAUGAUUCACUGAAAGUACAUCCAAGAAGGUUGAAGGAGGUUGAAGUCUACAAAAACGUGAAAUAUGGAUCGAGGAGUGUCGGUAACGGAGCAGAGGCUGGCUGAAAAGUUGACGAUCUUGAAUGAUCGUGGAAUUGGGAUGCUCACCCGCAUUUACAACAUCAAGAAAGCAUGUUCUGAUUCCAAAUCAAGGCCAGGCUUUUUGACAGAUAAAGCACUGGAUCCAGCAAUCAAGGCCAUUGUUAAAAAAUUUCCUGCAACAGACACCAAGAGUCUUUCACUUCAACCAGUUCACAGCAUCCAGAAUGAGGUUAUCAAGGGCCUGUCAAAUUAUUAUUAUACAUUUGUGGAUGUUAUGGAAUUCAGAGACAACACCAGUGAGCUUCUAACAGAGAUUGAUGCCAGUUUUGUUCAUUUUGACAUUAUGUUAAACUAUGACUUGACUAAGGCUUAUUUGGAUGUGAUUGUUACGUACGCGGCGCUUAUGAUGCUGGUCGCUCGAGUGGAUGAUCGUAAAGCUGUCCUGGGUCUAUUUAAUCAUGCCUAUGAGAUGAAGAAUGGCAGAGGAGAAGACUCCUUUCCACGACUGGGUUCUAUGAUCAUUGAAUAUGAAAACCCAUUGAAAAAGAUUGCGGAGCAGUUUGUUCCACAUCAACAGAGAGUAUCAACUGCACUCCAUUCAGUUCAUGAGAUCUAUAAGAGAAGAAACACUCCUGGAGAACAGUGGCGUCAGACACAGAUUGUUAGUAUCAUCAGUGCUCCAUUACAGAUGCUUAAUCCAGUCACCAGUGAUGUACCUCCUGUGGAGUACCUUUCACUGGACAGAAUGCAGAAGUGGAUCUUGUGUAAGUGUUCUCAAGAAUGGUUUUAUUUCAUCAAGGAACUUGAUUU